GACAGGACAGCACUCUAACUUUAAGAACGCACCCAAAAGUUGUGACGUGAAUAUCAGAAGAAAGUUUUCUGUCGGCAAUUUUUCAGUCCCCUAUUAAUUUACAGCAAUUUGUGUUAUCGCAAAACUUCAGUAUCUUACGUGGCUGAAACUUGCACAUUUCACUUACAAUGGUAGUCCAAGUUAAGUGUCGUCAACGACUACUUGCCGAAAAAUAGGAGUCUAUCGUCCAUCUGGCUGCUUAUUGCUUGGUCUGAGCUGCAGUCAUGUCUGAUCCAUAUUGGAUCAAGAGCGGUGGCAUGGGGGCACCCUAUUACAGCUUGCCACCACCAGCUCAACAGCAACACCAUCAAAUGUCACAACAUCAGGUGCCUCAACAGCAACCCCCUCAACAAUUGGCUCAACAACUACCUCAGCAGCAACAGCAACAACAAUAUCAAAAUAUGAGUUGGAACAGGGUCCCUCCCAAGGCAGCACCUGCAGAUUCCUGGGGCUCAUGGCACAACCAGCCACAGCCUCCACCACCUGCCAACAAUGCAGCACAGAAUUACCAAGCUUACAAUUAUGUGCAACAGCCUCAGCAUCAACCACCUCACCCUCAUAGUGCAGACGCUUGGAACUGGGGUGCAGAAGAGUCACCACAGGUGGCACUGCACCAGCCUGUAGUCAACAAUAAUAUUAACCAGUCGUUCCAGAAUGACUCUAGCUGGAAUUGGAGUGUUGACCAGUCAGCACCCCAUCAGAACUCUGUCAACUAUUAUCAAAUGGGCUACAGUGACCAGCACAAUUAUUCUGAGCAAAACUUGGGUGACCAGAACCAACUGCCAGCUAACAACAAUCAAGGGUAUCCUGAAGCCAAUAUUGCUCAUGCUGCACCCCAUAAUGUCCAAGAUUUUGCCAAUGUAACUCAGUUCAGUGAGCAAAGCAAGGUCGAUGGGGCAGAAGAAAUGAAGACUGAACAACCUGUGGAGGCGACCGAAAGAUAUGACGAUCUGCCUGAACCAGCCAUGAGUGAAACUAGCAAACAUAGUAUGACACCUCAGUGGUCUAUUGAAAGUCAAGUUAGUCAGGACUCAGAUGAUAUAUCAUCCAGUAUUGGCCACACUGGAGGUUUCUCACCUGCAUCCACAAGCCAAGCUAAAUCUGAAGAUUCUGGCCAGCGUCAUUAUGGGUAUGGCUCAUCAGGAGAUGUUCAAAAUCUGUGGGAAGACACUGAAGAUGACGAAGAUUUAACCGAUAAGAAUACCUUCCUAGAACAGUCGCUUGAACCAAACCCCUCUAUAGACCAAAUUGAUCGUCACAACAAGUUAAAUCUUGAUGACACCAUAUCAGCUUUGGAAAAUUUAAAUGUAUCAUCGGACAAUCCAGAUGCUUCAUUACCUUUACCUCAAAGCGUUUCUUCAGACUCCGGUCCUCCAUCCUCUGGCCCUCCACCCUCUGGUCCUCCACCCUCUGGUCCUCCACCCUCUGGUCCUCCUCCCUCUGGCCCACCACCUUCUGGCCCUCCUCCCUCUGGUCCACCACCCUCUGGUCCACCACCCUCUGGUCCACCACCCUCUGGUCCUCCACCCUCUGGUCCUCCACCCUCUGGUCCUCCUCCCUCUGGUCCACCACCCUCUGGUCCACCACCCUCUGGGCCACUUCCCAUGGGCAUGGCACCUCCCGGCAAAGUGGGCAUGUUUCCUUCGGGGGGUAAUCCUUAUUCUGUAAACCGUUCAGGCCUCAGCCACAAGUCAAGCAACAAGCUGUUUCCCAGUUCUGGCAUGUCAAGGCAGGCAUUUCCACCCCCAAUGCAACCAAGUGCCCAAACAGAAAUUAUUCCACCCAAUCAAGAAAACUUUGCAAGUCAGCCAGGAGCUGUAGAUAACCGGUCUAUUGAACCACCUGCUGGGCAUGAAAUGGGCAGACCUGCUGAUUUGACUUCACAAACUCCAACUCCUUGGGCUCCUCAAGAAAGUCAUGAAGCUUCCUCUCGCUUUGGCCUGGAUCGUAAUCAAUAUCUGGAGACUGGGCAACUUACUUCUCAAACAUCAGAGGAAGAAAGUGCCCCUCCACCAGGGUUGCAUAGGCUUGUCACAGGACAGUUGACUGAACAGGACUCUCAAGCAGAGAUUUCAACACCUCCGCCUGGGCUAGAUCGCAUGAUUCCUGGGCAAAUCACUGAGAGGAAUGAAAUGCGUAUGGUGCCUGGUCGAAUGAUGGAAGAUGAUGAUGAUGAUGACGAUGUUGAGGAUGAUACUGGUAAUAAUCUGCUUGUUGGAUCUCGAAAUACAUCACGAAGCUCAUCACGGGAUCAGAAUUCUGAGCAUGCCUCAAAUCUACGUAGAAUGAUUCCUGGCCAAACUGAUUCUCAGGAGGAGGAAGAUGAAUUGCCAAAUAUUUCAAUUGGACCUGGUGACCUGCCACCCGGACUGCAUAGAAUGGUUCCCGGGGAGUCAAGUAGUCCGGAGUCCCAAGCCAACAAUUCAGGAGGAAUUCCAAGUAGCACAAACAACUCUGCUUUCCAACCCAUUGAACCUCGCGUCGUGACAGGUGAUUCUAUGGAAUCAAUGCCCCAGACUGUUGUUGUGCCACCACCACAACCAACAGGUAUCAAAGUUGAGCCAGGCAGUCCAGCUCCAGAUCAUUCUAUUGAUAACAGGAGUCCAAGCAACCCUCAGCCAACUAGCGAACGAAGUGAAACAAUAGGAUCUGACGGAGUAGAUGAAAAGGCAUCCGACAACACCAUGAAGAAGAGUGACAGGCGGUCCAGGGACGAUGUGGACGACGAGAACCGGGACGAGAGGGACUCUAGAGGCCGGGACUACUAUCGCCGGGACCGGGAGGACGACCGGGACCGGAGCUCGUCUCCCACCGACAGCGGCAGCAACCGCUAUCGCGACGACAGGGACCGUGACCGCGACCGCGACCGCGACCGUGACCGGCGGUACGACUCGCCGGAGGGGCGGUCCCGGUACCGGCGGGGGGCGCGCGACAAGGACGCCGACUACGACUCGGACCGCAGGGACAGGUACGAGUCGCGGCAAGGGCGCGACACACAGCGCGACCACAGGUCGUCCAAGCGGGACGGCAGGGAAGGACCGGGCGACAAGGCGAGGAGAGGGCUGAACAGAGAAGAAGGCGAGGUGGACAGCGACGACUACAGCAGCGAGCGGGACAGCCGCAAGUGGAACCGGGACAGGGACGUGGACCGGGACCGGGACUACGACCGCGCCAGGGACCGGGACGCGGACCGGGACAGGGACCGGGACAGAGAGCGUGAUCGUGACAGGGACCGCCACCGGGACAGGCCGCGUGACGGGUACCGGGACCACCGCGACCGCGGAGACAGGUCCUACGGCGACGACUACUACAGGAGAGGGGAGAGGCGCGGUCGCGACGACCCCGACAAGGGCCGCAGGAGUGGAGGCCGCCGUCCGGACGAUUACCAGCGAGGCUACGACGAGGACUACUACCGGGACAGACGGUCGUCGAGGCCUUCCUCGCGGUCGGGGUCGGUGCACGAGUACGGCCACGGCUACGAGCGGGAGUACCGGGAGGAGCGCCACGACCGGCCCGCCGACCGGCACGGCAAGCAGGGCCAGUACAACUACCCUGGAUACUACUAUAAUGCUCAAGACUACUAUCGGUACCAAAUGUACUACGCAAAUUUAAGGAAAACUGACCCCGAGGCGUAUGCUGCCUGGUAUAGGAAGUACUACAGUCAGUAUGCUGCUUCUCAGCCUGGAACUUAUGAAGAUAGAGGAAGUGUGCACUCUGGACGUAGCUCUGCCAAUGAGGAGCUCAGCAAUCAGAGGUUUGACAGACAUAGAUCUCCUAAUAGGUCACAAAAUUAUUAUCAAAAAAGUCCUCAGACUUCAAGCUCUAAUCGUUAUCAAAGCACUGAUAAUGCAUCUCCAUUUUCACGGGAAAGUGGGCGGGGAGUUGGCCAUGGUGAGAGUUCUUUGGAUGAAACAAAUUCAUCCAUCCAAAGGUUGACACCCUUUAAGUUCUCUACAGCACAUAUUAAAGGGAUUCUAACUAGGAGGGGACACUUGCUGAAAGUGCUGCCACAUUAUCCAUUGGAUGGCCAGUCUGCUACUGUGGAAAUGCACAGCAUGCAAACACUCAUUCCUCAAGAUCCUAGUCUUCAGGAAUUACUUGCACUGCCUGGUCCUCUUGUGAGAGGAGUGACUCAUAAGCAAACAAUAAUUUUAUAUUUACGCUCCAAAAUGGAAUCCACCCGUAGUGAUCCAGCAAUUUUCGAUCGCCAAUCAGUGGUUUUGUUGUAUGAACUACUCAUUCUUUUACUUAGACAAAAUGGGAUGAUUGUAGGCACAGAUAUUGCUGAACUUUUGAUGAGAAAUGGGGAGAGCUCCGAGGCAGACGAUAGUUGGUCUGCCUCCGGGGGCGCCGAUCCUCGAGCACGGUCUACACCUUCUCCUGCACCAAGCGGAGGGAGCCGCACUAGCUCCGCGAGUGCCACCCCUGCGGUGCAAAUGAACUCCUCAUUCAUUCAACAGACCAAGCUGUCUGAAUCAGAAAUCACUAACAAAUUCAGAGAGUUCCUCUUGUAUGGAAACACAAAGGAAGCCUUGGAAUGGGCUAUGAAGCAUGGUUUGUGGGGUCAUGCUCUUUUCUUGUCAUCCAAGUUGGACCAACGCAUGUACCACAGUGUGAUGACUCGUUUUGCGAAUGGCCUUGCAUUAACUGACCCCAUUCAGACACUUUAUCAGCUUUUAUCGGGCUGGCAACCUGCUGCUGUCACAUGUGUGGCUGAUGACAAGUGGGGCGACUGGAGACCUCACCUAGCUAUGAUUCUUAGUAAUACUUCAUCUCGUCCUGAGAUAGACCACAAAGCUAUCAUGACCUUGGGUGACACUCUUGGUGCUCGUGGCUGCCUCCAUGCUGCACACUUUUGCUACUUGAUGGCCCAGCAUCCAUUUGGAACAUAUUCUCAAAGAUCAUCAAAGUAUGUGCUGUUAGGGUCAUCUCAUUUGAGGGCUUUUGCAGAAUUUGCAACAAAUGAGGCUAUCAUGAUUACUUGUAUUUAUGAGUAUGCCCGAUCGUUGGCUGACCCGAAUUUCCACAUUCCUAACCUUCAGCCUUACAAAUAUUUGAUGGCAACAAGACUAGUGGAAGCCCAUCUUCUGCCUGAGGCUGUACAUUACUGUGAAAUUGUUUCAAGACUUAUUGUACAAAAUCCUCAGCAGUAUGAUGCAGGCUUUAUUCAUGACAUAGCCGAGCUGGGUGAAAGUCUCAAGUUUCAUGAUCCAUUUUAUGCCGCUGGUGGAGAUCUCAGUUCACAGGGAGACCCUGACUGGCUUCUUCAAAUCCGUUCUGUAUCAACAGAUUACAGUGUUGGGGCUUCUCUUUCAAACAGUACCAAUUAUGGUGAAUCUUUCUUAAAUACAAAUUAUAGUAUGGCACAAGGUGACACCUUGACCGAGCAGACAUCACUCAGCUCACAUUCCAUGGAACCCUCACCAUACAGUCAAGACAUGUCCCAAGCCCCAAUAUUCUCAAUUGAACACAACCAACAAGAUCUGCAAACCCAUCAGCAGCAAAUGCAGCAGCAAGAGCAACAGCAACUUCCACCUCAGUCCGAGCAAACUCAACAACCAUUUUAUUAUCAAGAACAGCAACAGCAGCAACAGCAGCAGUGGGGUCUCCAAGAAGGACAAAUCCCACAAUCUGCUGAGCCUUCCGCCUACAGUGCUGAUGGUUAUGGACAAGUGGAUUCCAAUCAGAGUGCCUGGUGGAGUGGUCAACAAGAAGAAAUGCCCAGCAUUUCAACAGAUGCAUCUGUGAUGCAGGGACAAAAUAACUUGGAGCCCAUACAACAACAACAACCACAACAACAAAUCCAACCAAAGGCAACUCCUCCCACUCCUGCAACCCAGAUCACCAGUCUGACGGGUUCAGCAGCCACUAAAACAGCAAACCAGCAACCAGCAGCAUCUGCCGGCACUCAGUCUAAUAGUAGCUGGUUUGGAGGACUCUGGAACAAGUUGGCUCUUCGACCGAAAAACCAGAUGAAGCUACCUGAUGACAAGAACCCAUCCAUUGUGUGGGAUGAUCAAAAGAAGCGGUGGGUUAACACUGAUGCUGAUGGCGAAGAAACGAGUGGCAAUGUUGCUCCCCCUCCCAAGAUGUCCGAAAUGCCGGGCCGCUUCGCGUCUCCCGGCCCUGGCCCCACCACCAGCACUCCCAACGUCCCUACUCAUGCGCCCGCCAUGGCCAACGGUAGUGCCGGCAUGGCGUUCAGCACACCAGUGAGCUCGGUGGUGCCGCCCCAGCCCCAAGGCAACGAGGGCAACAACGCUGCGGCCAAGCCGCCCUCUGGACCCAACAUGUUCAAAUUGCAACGCGGCCGAAGUUUGAAAGCUAGCUAUGUUGAUGUGAUGAAUCCAAAUGGAACCAAACCGUCGGGUCCCGCAGGCCUCCCACCUCCAAAUCUGUUCCCCUCUUCAACCAGUCAGCCCAGUUCUCUAAAUUAUUUUGUCCCAGCUGCAGUUGAGGGAAAUGAUAAUGCUCCAACAGACUUCCUAACUCCAGCAUCAAUGCCAACCGAUUCAGUUCCUGACCAACAGCCUGUUUCAAAAAAGAGAGUGAGCUGGAAUCCAAAGGCCUCUCGAUAGACCUUUCUCCUUCUUCUUCUCCUAGGUCUCUAAUUGCAUUCUUAUGCAACCUGGUCCAGCUGGCCCGCAAAUGUUCAACCCCGCCCAAUUCUCUCAGCAGUCACUGUCAACAGCUAAUCGGAAGCGAUAUGCCAACUGAUAAUCAUUUUGAUGACUCCUCAAGAUGUCUCUGAGAGGGAUGUAUGGAGAUGCAUGGAUAAUCUAAAGACACACUUUAGGUGAAAGGGUGAGAAAGACUUAUCAUAUAGUACAGAAUGUUCUUUCAAAAUGAUAAAUGUAGGUAGUAUUAUUAUCUGCACAUAUUUUGUAUUUGAUUUCUCAGGAUAAGGCAAAUAAGUUCAAUUUUUGUGCCUCUCUUGUCUGUAUAUUUGUGUAGGGACGAUUUUUGAAACCCAUGUUUUUGUAAAUGGUUUUUGAUGGUGCAAGAAGUGAUAAUGGUGGUUUGAUUGUUUUCAUAGAUUGAUGCUCAAUGUGGUGGUUGUUGUCGGCCAGAGAUGGCUGGUUUGGCACUGUCUUGUUUUAUUGAAGAUAAUGUGCUGCUGGACAGUACUGGGUGUAUUUCUUUUGUAUAUCUUUGACUGAGUUUGACCAGGAUAAUAAUCUUUCAGAAUAGCCAGUACAGUCUUGCACAUGAAGUUGUGCACUUAAUUUUUUACUUAUUUAUGUCUAGAUGCUUGAUUCUGGUUCUGGGCUUUCCUAAAAGGUCACAAUGCUUAGAUGUAGUAAGAAUGGCAUCAUCAUGUAUUUCUGGGCAUUGUUGAUGAAAUGUAUCUGUUACAAAAUGAAUAUCAUUGUACCCCAUGAGAGUUUAGCCCACAUUCCCUAAUGGUAAGAUACUUCUAAAGGUUACCAGAGGUCUUUUUUUAGAGACCAUGUUGUGAAUAGUAGAUUUGUAAAUAUUGUAACUUUUUUUUGGUUCAGAACUUAAAUUUAUCUAAUGUUCUGCCAGUUUUGUGACAUCAAUUAUAACUCUGCCUCAGCUGGAUGUAUGUACACCAACUUUGUCUCAGAGGUUGUUUUAAGCUGUAAUAUUUGCACUUAUUUAUAUCACUGGAUAGGAAGAAUUUAUUGUGAUCAUUUUAUCUUUUCUUCUUGAAAACUAACAUAUGUGAUGUUGUUCUUAAAUAAAAAUAUUAUGUGUGUCAAGCUGUAGAGUUUUCUAGUAUUACUGAUAACCAUGUUCUUGGUGACUGAGUGACCUUGCUUUUAAAUUUAAAAGAAACAUUGCUGUUUGGAGUGUCAAGUUUUGCUUUGUUCAAGAGAUUGAUGUUUCCCUACACUCGUCCCAGAAGGAUUGUGGUUUGCCAUUAUGAAGUUUUUCUUUUUCCCAAGAAUAUAUAGGUUUUGAGAGAUUGAAAUUUUAUAUCCUGUUGAUUUUUUAAAACAUAGCUUUGAUUUCAUGGAAUUUUUAUGCAACUAUGGCCAGUCAGUCCACAGUUAUAUAUUUAUUUUAUUGCUUGAAGACUGACAUUUGCAUUUUUUUAGUAACAAGUAGGAAGGGCUUGCCAAAAUUAUUUAUUGUCGCUCUUUCUACUUGGUUGUGCAAAUGGCUAAAUUGAUUGUAAAGUAUACUUUUUAAAUUAUCUUCUUUUAAACUAUAGUUUAUAUGCCUUGUUUCUUGAAAGUAUCCUUAAAGGUACUUGAAAGGUAUGCAGUGAAAUUUGUUUGAGAGUAAGUGCUCAUUUUUAUCUUGGCAUUGCUUGGAUAUGGGCCAAUAUGAAGUCUUGUGGCCCCAUUGCAAAUAAUAUAAGUCUACAACUGAACUAAAAAUCAAUGAAAUAUAAAUCAAUAGUACAUGUCGUCCAUGUUAAGAGAAAUUGGCUGUCAUCAAAUUGGAUCAUGUGGUACAUACUCAGGUGUACUGCUACUGCUACAUUAACUAAGUUGAAAUUUUGGGUUUGGUAAAGCAAGUAAUGUAAUGAUUUAAUGUUAUAUUCUUAAAAGCAGUGAAAUAUACUUCUAUUUGUGUUCUGUCAAA